AUGAAAUAUGUAAGCCACCGAGAGUUACAAAUGGAAUUACCCGCAAUCAAGGACCUCAGGGUCGCCGAGCAGUCGGGGCCUGGCCUACCAAGGAUGCUCGUAUUUCGAGAUUCUCAUACCAAGCUUACUGUCUCUCUCAUAAUGAUGCCGAUUUCGAUCAACAUUGCCGUCCAGAAGCCGCUCCCCGGGGUCGAGCCUGACACGACCAGCACCAAGACGGUUCAGCGGCAGUCCAUGCAACAGCCGGCAAAUCGGCUCAGGUAUCUGCUUCUCCCAAAGCACCAAAAACAACUGGCAGGAUGGGAGUUGCUGGGGAGAAGGUUGAGACGUGGGCAAAAUAUCGAGGACAAGACGCCGAAGAUUGUAUUUUUGGAAAUGAGGUUUGCUCAUAUUUGGCUGACCUACGACCAAAUGGGCGUUGCGAGACGUGCGUUUCUGGAUACUAUGGAAGCCCUUAGAGACAUCAUGUCAGGGUUGGCAAGGGCGAAUGCCGACGAGCGAGGCACUCUCGAUUGGAGGAAGGUUUUUUCGUUUGCCUGUCAUCCUCGCAUUGCCAGUGACUGUAAAAGGCCGUGGGGCAUCGAGCCAGCAGGAUAUUACUGUCACCCUCUCGAACAGGGUGGGCCAAGUGGUAGUGCGCAGAAGGCAACCCAGGAGCUUCUCCUCAAGUACAUGGAGGUAUGCUUCAAACCCGGCCGAGUCUUGACUAUGUGCCGAACGCUGAAAGAGCAUGCUCAGGUGACAGAUCCCGUUUGUGGAAUGAAAUUGGCAACGACCUCGAGUUCCGUCGCCCUUCGAGAGGCUCGCAGGCGAGUUGACCGGAGCGACGACAACACACAACCUCUCUGGAAUGCCAUUAUGUUUUCUUCGGUUCUCGGGCCCAACCCUCUUCAGCUCGAUGUUGACUUGGCCGUCUUCACAACAAAGAAGGUCGUCAAGUGGUACGACGAGCUUCUUUCCUUGUGUAAGGUUGCUGUGCAAUCUCAAGGCAUUGAGAGUCGAGUGGACAUUGCGGUCACCCUUGCUAAAAAACUGCAAGUAGCGUCUGAACGGGGGGACGCCGCAUCAGAUAGAGUGUCGGUCACAUCCGAGUCCGCGUCUGAGAAGACUCUCUGUGGUGAGAAAGAUUGGGGUUUAGGCAAGGUGACUGUUGUUGAAAUCGAGGAUGUCAGGGAUUCGGCGAGGUACGAGGAUCGAGAGGAGCUGGCUCAGCCCAGAAAGGCAAGAUGGUGGAGAAGAGCGCUGGCAUCUUUCGUCACCAAAGUCCGGGCCUCGCAUCGCCAACGGCAACAGGAGGAGGCAAGCAAGCUCGUUCGUCGUUCAUUGGAGAUCAGCCGCAAAAGAACCGAGCUGAGCAAACGUGUUGUUGACGCCGAAGUCGAGCAACUACGGCUUACAUCCAGGGGAUUCAUUCUGCAGCUGAAACUACAGACAAAAUGGCGUCAUGUCCAGGCAGUGGCGCAACGACCCGGAGUUACCAUGGUCGAGGUUAGCAAAGUGACGACUGUCAAUAUUGACCACUUGUCGUGUGAGCGACGGCGGACGCAGGCGAUCCGCGAGAAAGUGGGCAAAUUGAACCGGGCAGACGAUGCCAUGAUGCAGGGAGUAAGAGAUAUUUUGGAGCGCAGCAAGAAACUCAACAAGGAGCUCAAAAGCUUGCAAAAGGACCUGAUGAAGUACGCCUAUCGGUAUGAACCCAGAGCAAGCUUGGGACGGCGGGGGACACUGGUAUGUUGCGGGUGA